GAUGGAUCAAUACGGUCGACAGAAGUUUUAACUAUCUGGAGUGCGGAUAAAUUUUUACUGAGAGUCGUAUAGGAAUCUAUAAUCUAGUACUUUCCAAAAUACGCCGAGAGUAUUCCUGAUGGUGAAACGAGCGUUGCUUCAUCGAACGCAGCUAAAGAAAACAACAUCUAUGUAGUUGGUGGUACGAUGCCUGAAAUAGAGGGCGAUAAAUUGUACAAUACCUGUACUAUUUGGGGUCCCGAUGGAACUUUGAUAGCAAAACACCGAAAGGUACAUCUAUUCGACAUCGACAUUCCUAAUAAGAUUACUUUUCGAGAGAGUGAUUCACUCAGUCCUGGUAACUCCCUAACGACGUUCGAUGUGAAGGGCUGCAAAAUAGGUAUUGGCAUUUGCUAUGAUAUUAGAUUCGAGGAAAUGGCACGCAUUUAUCGGAACAAAGAUACUUCUGGCUAGUGCAGUACCUACACGGUGGUUGUUGAAAUAGCCGCUUCUCAUCUAUUUUCCCUAGCGCGGACAUCAUCCUUUGAUCCCUUACGACUAACGAAGUUUUCGAAGAUCUACGGCAGUUUGAGAUUCUACUUGAAAAUGAUCAUGAUUGCGGUCUGUGUGCCGUCUGCUCUUCUUUUUGUCCUCCGUUAAAGACUGGUAAGUUGAUACUGAUUAAUUAUGCGAUCGAAACCCUAUAUAAUGGCUACAAAAAUGCCGCUAAUAUAAUAUUCCUUCUUUCUUGUAUCUGUCUGCCUCUCAGGUCGUUUUACUAAUUACAAUAAGUAAUUUCGACUUCUUUGCGCUCUCUUUUAACGCAUUCGGGACCGAAAGAAAUUAAUAUCAGUCAGUAGGCAAGGGUAUAAUAUACAUAUUUUAUAUAUAACUUAUGUAGUAAUGUAUAUAUCAUGAUAAUUUCAUAUUUUUUUCAAUAUAGAAUUAUUAUAUAU